UCAGCGUGUGCUUCAACGUUUUUAAUCUCGUCUUGCGAGUGGGAUUUUCACCGAGAAAUGCCAUGAGAAAACACAUCUGAGCGCGCGCCGCGUCCGUGCAUUCAUUCAGCGGCGCCCCGAGUUGAGUCUACAACGCUCUCAUAUCUGUUUUUAAGACCAGCCCCCCGGCCGCGGGGAGGGAGGAUCAUCCUGUGUUACACACUAACGUACAGCGUACGACUCGUGUAUUCUACGUAGUUCCAAGAGAAAUGGCAGAAGUCGCACCCGCUCCCGCCGCCGCGCCGGCCAAAGCGCCCAAGAAGAAAGCAGCUUCGAGAGCAAAAAAAGCCGGCCCUAGCGUCGGCGAGCUGAUCGUCAAAGCCGUUUCCUCGUCUAAGGAGAGGAGCGGCGUGUCUCUCGCUGCUCUGAAGAAAGCGCUGGCUGCCGGCGGAUAUGAUGUGGAGAAGAACAACUCCCGCGUCAAAAUCGCUGUUAAGGGUCUCGUGACUAAAGGCACUCUGGUGCAGACCAAAGGGACCGGCGCGUCUGGCUCUUUCAAGCUGAACAAGAAGCAGACCGAAGCCAAGAAGCCCGUGAAGAAAGCCGCGCCCAAAGCGAAAAAGCCCGCCGCGGCUAAGAAGCCCAAGAAGGUAGCGGCCAAGAAACCCGCCGCCGCGGCCAAGAAGUCUCCUAAGAAGGCGAAGAAGCCCACAGCCGCCGCAAAGAAAGCCACCAAGAGCCCGAAGAAGGCGAAAAAGCCCGCGACCCCUAAAAAGGCAGCCAAGAGCCCCAAGAAAGCGAAAGCUGUCAAGUCCAAGACCACAAAGCCUAAAGCGGCAAAGGCGAAGAAGGCAGCACCCAAAAAGAAUCAUCCACCAGUAUUGAAGGCCAUAUCAGUGCCAGGGAGGGCCUCCAGCCGUCUCUACUGGCAUUAGGAAGGAUCAAGGGCAGGAUUGACAAAUUCUACGUGGUUGUGUAUAAGCACCUCAUCCCUUGCACAGGAACCAGCUCCUUGAGUGCUAUAGAUGAACUCUUCAAAGUCCACUAUGUGUUCAACCUGUGAUAUGAGGAAGCCCUUGUCAACAUCUUUACCUUCCUGCAGACUACGAUCUACAACAUUGAUGUUGGUCUUGCAAGUGAGUCUCCCAGAGUGAAGGAAUUGCAUGCAAAGCUUUUGAACUUGGUUAAAUGUUAGUACAUUUACAUUUAUUCACUUAGCAGACGCUUUUAUCCAAAGCGACUUACAAAUGAGAUGCUCAUUUGAGUUUGAAGUUCUACAUGCCUUUUGAUCUACAGGGUCCAAUGGGUCAGAUGAAUAUAUUCACUAUGAGGUGAAUAUAUUGCACCUCAAUUCAUGCUGGUUUGUUACAUCUAAGAUACUGUGUUGUCAAUAAA